GCCUGCACCAAACUACAGGGUAGAUGCUGACAAAGGGUUCAAUUUUAGCAAUGCGGACGAGGCUUUUGUUUGCCAAAAGAAAAACCACUUUCAAGUCACUGUCCACAUACAACCUGUUGGUGAGGCAGUCUACGUCAAAACUCCUGAAGGAGUGAAGAAAAUAGACUACUUUUAUUUACAUUUCAAUGGUGUUAAGGUAGAAUCUCCAAAUCAGACAAUCAAAGUGGAACAAUCACAAUCCGAUAGAAGUAAAAAGCCAUUCCAUCCUGUGAGGUUGGAUUUAAUGCCUGAUCAAGUAACUAAAAUGACAGUGGGUCGUCUUCAUUUUAGUGAGACGACAUCCAAUAAUAUGAGGAAGAAGGGGAAACCCAAUCCUGAUCAGCGAUACUUUUAUCUCGUUGUUAAUCUUUGUGUUGCCUCUGGUGACCAAAACUACACAGUUAUUUGUCAUGCAUCUGAAAGAAUAAUUGUCAGGGCAUCAAAUCCUGGACAAUUUGAGAAUGACAUGGAAUUAUCAUGGCAAAGAGGUCAAUUGGCAGAUUCUAUUUAUCAUGCUGGUCGUGUAGGAAUCAAUACUGACAGGCCAGAUGAAGCUCUUGUUGUCCAUGGUAACAUGAAAGUUACUGGCCAUAUUGUGCAACCAUCUGAUGCUAGGGCAAAGACAAACAUUGAGGAGGUGGAUACAAAAGAGCAGCUGAAAAAUGUUGCCAGCAUGAGAAUUGUGAAAUACCAGUAUCUUCCAGAAUUUGCAAAGCAUGUCGGCCUGGGAGAAGAGAGUACAACCAGCACCGGAAUCAUAGCCCAGGAGGUGCAGAAUCUCAUUCCUGAUGCUGUUCAAGGGGCCGGUGACAUUGUUCUCCCAGAUGGGCAACACAUAGAAAACUUCCUAGUUGUAAAUAAAGACAGAAUAUUUAUGGAAAAUGUUGGUGCUGUGAAAGAACUGUGUAAAGUGACUGACAAUUUAGGAACGCGCAUCGACGAACUUGAAAAAGUCAACAAAAAACUUGUUAAACACAAAGUGAAACGACUCGAUAGUUUAAAGUCUACAUCAAGUGGGAGCACAGUAACUAGUGUUAUAGCAAUGGCAGUUAUAUAUGUGUUAGAGUGGAAACAGAGACAAGACACUAACGUACAACUGCAUGUCAAGGGGAAAACACUCAGAUUGAACAUAACUGAAGAAGCAGUUAGUCGAUUUCCUGUGGAGAUAGGAAAAUCUCAAUCAAGCUUUGAAAAUUCCAUCAUUUCCGGCCAAGAAAAGAACAAAGCUUCGAAUUCUGAUCGAAUAAGUCAGGUGUGGAGGUGGAGUAGUUCAACGACGGAAAGCCUGAUGAAAUCGACCACACGCUCCUACCAAAGUUACUUCCCUACGUCCGUCCCCAUACUCAAACCGAGAAUGAUCGGGAUUCCUACCCAGUGCCAGAGAUUGAACCAACAGUGCUUUGUUUACUGCUGUUCUUCCAGCCAAAGAAAAGCUGUUGCACAGGAAAACAAUGAAGGUAUACCCAUCAGGGUGCCAAAUGAUAAAUCACAUUCGAUAGUUGAUUUAAGUAAUGCUAAGCUUGAUGAGAUAAUCAGAAAAGAUGUGAAUGAUGGGCAACUCCAGGGCGUCACCAAAUCAUCAUUUUUUGAUAAUUUUGAAACGACUGUUGAGAAGCCAACAUCAUUGGAACCUUCAGACCUGGAGGACCAUCCAGUUCAUCAAAACCAGCUCAAACCCACCCGAGAACUGAAUGUCGUCCAACGAUCGAAGCUGAUGAAUGUCACCGAGCAGCAAAAUGGGAGCGACGAUAUUGAUGUGAGGAAUCAAUUUCAGCAGAAGAUGCGAAAUCUGAGAAAUGAUAAAAGUUUGCUGUCGGGGGAAAGGCGACUUAAGAGAGCUACAAAGUUGCUUCCCCGUAAAGAUUUACCCAAAGCCAUUGAAUCCCUGAGAUUACUGGAAUUGAAUGCAAGCAUUGGACAAGAAUAUUGCAACACUUUGCAGUGUGCACACAAAAUAGGACCUCGAUUCAGUUAUCACAUCCCUGUGUCUAAAUUCAUGACAGAGGAAUAUCUAACGUUGCAAUUCAAUCUUGCAGUACCCCUUAUUGUGGAUCAUUGUCAACCAGAUGCCAAACCAGAAGCGUGCCUGUCCCGGCACAAUGGUGCUGGUGAUCUUCCUCAUGACUACAUCAGGGAACAGAACCUCACAGAAGAAGUCGACCCUAGUUGGAGACUGCCUAUUGGUCUGUAUCUAAGAAGUACCUACAGGUUCAGAGUGCAAGCCCGCACAGUAGUAUCAGAUACUCCUUGUUCUCUGCCUGCAGCUGAAUUGGGUCAUUCUUUCAUUGAAUUCGUUCUCGUCUUCCAAAGAACUUGUGACAAAUAAAAGCACAGAAGAUAUUUCAAGAAUAUCUUAAUGUGGACCACCCUUAUGUGAAACCAAAUGUGAAGUGCCAUCAAGUUGAAGCAAUAUCAAAUUAUUUUUAUUACAUUGUGUAUUAGCAUUCCAUACUGUAAAACUCUUAACCCUUUAGCGCACAAUGCAAGGACUAUCUUGAACUGUUAGGGGGUUAAUGAAGCUGUUUUUUAAGUAGAAAUUUCGUAUCAGUGUUCAACUGUGAGUGUUAGUGAAUAUUAUGUGAUACAGUUCAUCAUCCGUCCAUUCAUUGUAAAUAUCUCAUCCAAUUAUUCAAUGUUUUUAAAAGAGAGGAAAAAAAAGUUUUUAUUAUUGUAAGGGAUGUGUUGUUGUUAUUGUUUUAAAUAUUAUUUUGUGAUAAGUUUUUAUUUUAACGUGAAAUCAUGUGAUGCUUAUUGUGAAAGAAUUUUUACCAUAGUAUUAUAUAUAGAUGUAUGUACUAUAUUAUUUACAAUCAUAUAGAAAUAUUUAGUGACCUUUUUUUUUUGUACAUCUUGUGAGAAAAGUUUUAUUUUGUUAGAAGUGCAGUAGGAAUUUCGAUUAUCCAGACUUAGAGUAUAUCUGGUAAGAAAAGUUUUAUUUUGUGUACAUGAAUUAUGACAGCAUAUUGCUAUUAAAGGAAUGAAAAAAAUCUUUAAUUGAGAGAAAAGAAGAAAAAAAAACUUCAAAAUCUUCUUCUGUUGACAGAAGUAUUUGGGUGAUUGAAGUUCUGCUGCACAUUUGAUUUGAAAUCAAACAUCAGGUUCCCCUGUACAUUAUUUUUAAAAAAUUGAUUAUUAUUAAAGUGUGAGAAAUCCAA